UUUUACGCACGCACGACACACGCACGCACACAGAGUAACGCAGUGAACGCAGCUGCGGAGACGCAGAUAAAAGCAGCGCGAGCUCCGUGUACCGCGGUUCAGACCAGUCACUAACCCGGGUUAAACCGGUUUAAACAGUGGGUUAAACCACGGACGGACAUGAGUCCAGGACAGAGCGGAAACAACGGGGACCGGGAAAACGGCGCGAGCCAGUGAACGGGACUCUCUCUCUCUCGCUCUCUCUCUCUCUCUCUCUCUCUCUCUCUCUCUCUCUCUCCUCCAUUUUGGUUCAGUGAUGGAGAACAUCCGGACUCCAAAGGUGGACAAAGUGCGUCUUCUGGACCGGUCGUCAGGUCAGAGAAAAGUCAGCGUGGGGACUCUUUAUCUCUCUGCCACUCACACCAUCUUUGUGGACAACAACCCUGAGACACGCAAGGAGACAUGGGUGUUGCACAGCAUGGUGUCCAGUGUGGAGAGACUCCCCCCCUCACCUGCAGGAAGUCAGCUGAUCCUGCGCUGUAAGGACUUCCAGGUCUUCCAGAUCCUCGUCCCUCAGGAGGGGGACUGUGUGGACGUCCAUGCCUCACUGGUCAGGUUGUCACGUCCAGAGAAGUACAGUGAACUCUACUGUUUGUCCUUCAAUCCUAACGUAAACAAAGAGCAGAGGGCGGAGUCGUGGGCGUUCAUCGACCUCGUGGCCGACUACAAGAGGAUGGGCGUUCCUAACAACCUGUGGGUCGCCACGGCAGCCAACAGUGAAUACAGAGUGUGCGACACGUAUCCGUCACAGCUGUUUGUUCCAAAGUCGGCCACGCCCACCGUCAUCGUGGGCAGCUCCAGGUUCAGGAGCCGAGGACGAUUUCCUGCUCUGUCCUACUUUCACCAGGACACACUGGCAGCAGUGUGUCGCUGCAGUCAGCCUCUGUCUGGCUUCAGUGGACGCAGCCAGGAAGAUGAGAUGAUGCUGCAGGCUGUGAUGAAGUCCAAUCCUGGAAGUGACUUCAUCUAUGUGGUGGACACCAGGCCCAAGCUGAAUGCCAUGGCGAAUCGAGCAGCAGGUAAAGGUUACGAGAACGAGGAUCACUACACCAACAUCAAGCUGCAGUUCAUCGGUAUUGACAACAUUCACGUGAUGAGGAGCAGUCAACAGAAGUUCAUCGAGGUGGGUGAAAUGCGAUCUCCGUCGAUGACUGACUUCCUGUGGGGUCUUGAAAACUGUGGCUGGCUCAAACAUAUUAAAGCUAUAAUGGACGCAGGAGUGUUCAUAGCCAAGGCCGUGUCAGAUGAAGGCGUGAGUGUCGUGGUCCACUGCUCUGAUGGUUGGGACCGAACAGCUCAGGCCUGCUCUGUGGCCUCGGUACUGUUGGACCCGUUCUACAGAACCAUCAAAGGGUUCAUGGUUCUCAUAGAGAGAGACUGGGUUUCCUUUGGACACAAGUUCUCCCACAGGUACGCUCACCUGGACGGAGAUCCCAGAGAGGUGUCCCCCGUCAUGGACCAGUUCCUGGAGUGUGUGUGGCAGCUGUCGGAGCAGUUCCCGUGCACCUUCGAGUUCAACGAGCGCUUCCUCGUCAGCGUCCACGCGCACGUCUACUCGUGUCAGCACGGAUCGUUCCUGGGAAACUGCCAGAAGGAGCGUCAGGAUCUGAGGCUUCGUGAGAGGACUCACUCUCUGUGGCCUCAGCUGUGGAAGGUCAAAGGUGACUUCAUGAACCCGCUGUACAAAGCUGAACUGAGCCAGACUCAGGGCGUCCUGAGACCCAACACCUCCCCCUACUGCUUCAAAAUGUGGAAAGGUCUCUACAACAAAGAGGCAAAGUCGACGCCGCCUCCACAGUCGCCCGCCGACUUCCUGUCCGCUGUGAGGGAGGAGUCUACGCAGCUGGAGGAGGAGCUGACCAAUCACCAGGAGAAAAUGGCCGCUCUGACAGGGAACCCAAUCACGUGGGAGAAGAUUGAGGUUCCGAGGAGGAGGAGGGGGAGGAGCCACCGCGGGCCGGACCCGCCCACCACAUACACGGCCCCAAACACCCGCCCCACACAGGACAACGCUUGCUCAGUCUCCUCUGAGCUGGCCAAUCAGAAGCCUGCAUUGACCCCGCCCACAGAGACACGCGACCCCGACGACCUCUCCACCUGCAGCGACCGGGAGUCUGGCGUAGCCGACCUCAGCAGCCGCUCGUCCAGCGGCGGGGACUAUGGCAAAGACCCGGACCUGGACUGAGGAAGUCGGCGCCGCGAGCCGCCGGACCGAAGGUGAUGGAGAAAGACUGCGAGGCUACGUCCAUGCUAACCUGUCCAUGCUAAAAUGUCGCAUUCUCAAAAACAUCGCAAUAUCUACAGCGCAACCUUUUAAAAAGGCAGUGAAUAGAAUACACAAUUCGUCCAGAGAUUAAAGAGCUGGAUUAUUUUUUUCCCUGACAUAUUGUCCACCAACAGAUUAGGUCAUCUAGUCCACUACCAGAUUAGAUCAUCUAGUCCACCACCAGAUUAGGCCAUCUACUCCACCACCAGAUUAGGUCAUCUACUCCACCACCAGAUUAGGUCAUCUAGUCUAAAACCAGAUUAGGUCAUCUAGUCAGCAAUUUUGGUCUACUGUCAACUAGAUUAAGUAAUAUAGUCAGCAACUUUGACCUUGUAGUUGACCAGAUUAAGUGAUGGUGAAACUCUGAACUGUCCCUUUAACAGUGUUACUUUAAAACAUGACGAGGCACUUUUUUAAAACAUACGCACAUCUCUCGUCACUUUGUGCGCUGGAGAAAAUGAUGAGUCAUGAUCGCGAACAAAACAAAAAGUGUUUACUUUUGUCUUUAUGUGCAAUAUCUUAUUUUAAAGCCAUGUUUUUUUAUUCGUAUUCUUUUUUAUUCAGUUUUAAUGAACUAUACGACGUUUGUAGAAAAACACUGUAUGUAUUUAUCAGGGAUGAACCGCUACGAUACUUAGCAUCGUUAUUGUCGCCAUACCUCAGUAAAACUCCUUGGAUCGGAAAUCAGGAAAAAAAAGUAUGAAACCCGAAAUAAUCUGAAAACAACGUUAAAUAUGAUAUAAAUACUUCACUAAGUGCAGACUGU